UACAUCACUUCCUGGAGACUGGCCGAAUCCGGAAGUGAUCCUCGGGAACCUACUUUUCUACAGAGGACCCCGGCAGUCCGCGUGGGUUUAGGACCAUGAGCUGGAUUCCAUUUAAGAUUGGGCAGCCCAAGAAACAGAUUGUUUCCAAAACAGUGGAGAGAGACUUUGAAAGGGAGUAUGGAAAACUGCAGCAGCUGGAAGAGCAGACUAAGCGCUUGCAAAAGGACAUGAAGAAAAGCACUGAUGCCGACCUGGCCAUGUCCAAAUCUGCUGUGAAGAUAUCUCAGGACCUACUCUCCAACCCACUGUGUGAGCAGGACCAGGACUUUCUGCGCAUGGUGACAGCUCUAGACACAGCCAUGAAGCGGAUGGAUGCCUUCAACCAGGAGAAGGUGAACCAGAUCCAAAAGACAGUGAUUGAACCUCUGAAAAAGUUCAGCAGCAUAUUCCCAAGCCUCAACAUGGCAGUGAAACGGCGCGAGCAGGCCUUGCAGGACUACGGGAGGCUGCAGGCCAAGGUGGAGAAGUACGAGGAAAAGGAGAAGACUGGCCCUGUGCUGGCCAAGCUCCACCAGGCCAGAGAGGAGCUAAGGCCUGUACGGGAAGACUUUGAGGCCAAGAACAAACAACUCCUGGAUGAGAUGCCACGGUUCUAUGGCAGCCGACUUGACUAUUUCCAGCCCAGCUUUGAGUCCCUGAUCCGGGCACAGGUUAUAUACUACUCAGAAAUGCAUAAGAUCUUUGGAGACCUGACCCAGCAGCUUGACCAGCCAGGCCACUCAGAUGAGCAGCGAGAGCGGGAAAAUGAGACCAAACUAAGUGAACUCCGAGCCCUCUCCAUCGUGGCUGAUGACUGAGGCCCUAUCCCUCAGGAGUCCUCAGACUCUUUGGGACACAGAUGACAUCUCUAUAGGCUUUGCCUCUAGCAGGCAUGGAUUCAUGGGCCUCCCAAUGGCCAGGCAGUUGGAGACAGGUGGCCACUAUUCUACCUUGCCAGUUCUCUGACUUAAAUAUCUCCCAUUUCCUUGAGCCUGCUACUAGGAGCCUCACAGGCUGCUGUUUCCCUGUGCCCAAUACUGAUAAGCAAUGUAGAAAAACCCUGGGGCCUUUUACUUCCAGAACCGUCCAGAAUGUGCUGUAGUGUCUAGCCAACAGAAGCCUUUGGAAGGGCCUGGGCUUCCUGUGGAACUUGAGGCCUUAGCUGUCUACCUAAGAGGACCUACUCUAGCCACCAUCCCUUCAGGACUCUUUAGACUGUUGGGUGAGGCACAGUGCCCUGGGUAGCAGAACUCUGGUCUCUCAACCUCUAUGGGCCCUUCAUGCCAACACAACCAAAGCUGGUCCCCUACAGGUCCAGCAAUAAGGACAAACUCCAGGUGUUUAGCUUUCACUUGAACUGGGACUUUGUCUCUAGCUGUCCACUAGAAAAUGUCACAUGUUGAACAGCUGCCCACAAAGCAAGGCUUCUGUCUCACCUGUAUUACUGGAAUUUUAUUUUCACUUGUUAUUGGAAUUUUAUUUUCAAGUAAAGUUUUCCAGUAAAACAAUAGUGUACUUUAA